GCGGGUGUGAGCCGAGCGGCCUCGCCUCAACGCCUAGCGCCCCCCUCAGCCGCCGCCGCCGCCGCCGCCGCCGCCGCCGUCUCCGCCUCCGCCUCCGCCCGCCGGCCAUGUCCCCCGGCCGCCGCCGCCGCCGCUCGAGCGCGGCGCUCCCGCGGCCCAGCGCGCAGUGAGCGCGGGGCCCUCUCGCCGCUCGCCCGCCCCGGGGCCCCCUUGUUCUCCGCGCCGCCGCCGCCGCCGCCAUGUUGGGUUUAGAGCCGCAGCGGAGCCGCCGCCGCCGCCGCCGGUGAGGGAGGCCGAGAGCGGAGCCCGCCCCGCCCCGGGGCCCAGGGAGCGGGGCCGCCUUGGAGCCCGGCCUCUCCCCGCCAGCCGCCUUCCCGGCCCGCCCGCCGUGCGAGCCAGCGAGCGAGCGCCGGGCCGCGGCCGCGCCUUCCGCUCCCGGCCCGAGCGAGUCCGCCGCCCGUUCGUGCCGCCGCCGCCGCCGCCGCCGCCGGGCCCGGCCAGAGCCUGCAGCGGAGCCCACGAGAGUCAGCGCCAUGGCGGAGCAGACCUACUCGUGGGCCUAUUCCCUGGUGGAUUCCAGUCAAGUGUCUACAUUUCUGAUUUCCAUUCUACUUAUAGUCUAUGGUAGUUUCAGGUCCCUUAAUAUGGACUUUGAAAAUCAAGAUAAGGAGAAAGACAAUAGCAGUUCUACUGGGUCUUUCAAUGGCAACAGCACCAAUAAUAGUAUCCAAACUAUUGACUCUACCCAGGCCCUAUUCCUUCCAAUUGGAGCAUCUGUCUCUCUCCUAGUAAUGUUCUUCUUCUUUGACUCAGUUCAAGUAGUUUUUACAAUAUGUACAGCAGUUCUUGCCACAAUAGCUUUUGCUUUCCUCCUUCUCCCGAUGUGCCAGUAUUUAACAAGACCCUGUUCACCUCAGAACAAGAUUUCCUUUGGUUGCUGUGGGCGUUUUACUGCUGCUGAAUUACUGUCAUUCUCUCUGUCUGUCAUGCUCGUCCUUAUCUGGGUUCUCACUGGCCAUUGGCUUCUCAUGGAUGCCCUGGCCAUGGGUCUCUGUGUCGCCAUGAUCGCCUUUGUCCGCCUGCCCAGCCUCAAGGUCUCCUGCCUGCUUCUCUCAGGGCUUCUAAUCUAUGAUGUCUUUUGGGUGUUUUUCUCCGCCUACAUCUUCAAUAGCAAUGUCAUGGUGAAGGUGGCCACACAACCGGCUGACAAUCCCCUUGACGUUCUAUCCCGGAAGCUCCACCUGGGGCCCAAUGUUGGGCGUGAUGUUCCUCGCCUGUCUCUGCCUGGAAAACUGGUCUUUCCCAGCUCCACCGGCAGUCACUUCUCUAUGUUGGGCAUUGGGGACAUCGUGAUGCCUGGACUCCUGUUGUGCUUUGUCCUUCGUUAUGACAACUACAAAAAACAAGCCAACGGUGACUCCUGCGGUGCCUCUGGACCCGCCAAUAUCUCUGGACGCAUGCAGAAGGUCUCCUACUUUCACUGCACCCUCAUUGGAUACUUUGUAGGUCUGCUCACCGCUACUGUGGCAUCUCGCAUUCACCGAGCAGCCCAGCCUGCCCUUCUCUAUUUGGUGCCAUUUACCUUAUUGCCACUCCUCACGAUGGCCUAUUUAAAGGGUGACCUUCGGCGGAUGUGGUCUGAGCCAUUCCACUCCAAGUCCAGCAGCUCCCGAUUCCUGGAAGUAUGAUGGAUCCCAGAGAGUGACCAGAAUGGCCAUCUUAGUCCUUUUCUGUCAACGCGUGGUUUUGUUUCCUCUUAGCGCUGGCCUGGUACUCAGAGAUGUACCUGUUUAAGGAACUGACGUGUGACUGGAUUUUGCGUUUGCAGGGAGCUUGUUUGCAGGAGCGAGGUGCUGGAGCCCUGCUUGGUUCUUUCUCUUCCUGCCGUUGUAGAGGCGGAGCCCCUCCUGAAGUGACAGGCCCUCCCCAGCGCUCCUUCCUCCCCCGUUUUUAUGAAUCUGCACCAGACUGUUACCCGUGGGGGAUGGAGAUGUGACUGUUUAAAACUGACAACGGCAAGGAGUCGUUCUGUACCUUUUGAACACUAAAAGGAUGAAAAAUAUCAGCAAACCGAAGUUUCUUCAGUGAACCCUCAAGAACUUUGGGACCAGUUUCCUAUGGGGGACUCAGUUUCAGAGAACUGAGACAGAAGCUCUUCUGUCGUUCUAUUCUUUCCUUUUUUUGGAUUUAUUAAAUAUUUUCUGUGGUGUGAAGUGACUUAUUAAAUCCACAGACAUUGAGUGACUUCUUACAACAUAAACAUAAGAAUUUGUUGUAAUGAGUUCAUGUCCACCCAGAUGUUGUGUUGGCAGUGAACGAGGGCACGGUUUUUAUACAUACACACACACGCACAUAGGUAUAUAUGAAUAAACAAAAAUUAAAACCUGCUAAGAUCAUGCUGUGUAGCAGACAGGGACUUGCUGUAAUUUUUAGCAUGUAGAGCAGUUUACUCUGGCUUUCUUGUAUAUGGAUAAGCUGCUGUCUUUCCCUCCACAACUGAACGUGCAGUUAAAAACCAGUAUAGUAUUUGUACUGAUAUACUCAUGGACUUUAGGGGGCUCUCAUUUGGUUUUGAUCAGUGUAGCAAAUUAGGGAUGAAAAGUUAAAACUUUUUGGCCCUUUUUUUGUUUGUUUUUACAGGCUUCUCCCUUGCAGGGUUUUUAGUAGUUUCUUCUUGAACCAAUGCAUGUAAUAUAGCAGCAGGUGUCUUUGUGCUUUCUGAUCAUAGUAAUGUACUACUUGUAAAUACAUUUUUCUAUUUUCUAUUUUUUUUUGUAUUUUUUUUUUUUUUUUGGCAUUUUGUUUCAUUGGUGUGCUGUAUUUUCCAUGCCCUCACUCCUUUAAGAAAAAAAAAGGAAAAAAGCAACACGAUCCUGUCCUUGCUGUUGUGAUUAUGGUCUUGGUUUACCUGUGGUGACAACUGGGUGUUGGGGACAAAUGUCAAAUGCCCCGCUGAGCUGGGCCCUACGUUCUAGGAGUUGUGGAAGGAGCGAGCUGCUCUGUCCCCUUAGAAUCUGACCGUGUGCUGUGGUCUUUGCUGGAGAGCUGGCAUUCUGCUAGUAAUUUAAGUGUGAUCGUGUCAGCUCGCCUUUGUCUCAGCACCCCCAGCCCGGUAAGAAAUUGCCCACUGUACAGGCAGAGAGAAUCCUGGCUACCUGACAGCAGAGGUCGGAGAAGGGCCCACGUGUCCUGAUUUCUCCCUUUGGCAGGUGACGUGCCUCUGCCUCAACCUGUGUGAUGAACUGGUGUGCUGGGCUUCCCGUUGCCAGAAGCCACGGUGGACAGAGCUCGUAGGCCGUGCGCGUCGCAGGGCGUGAGGGCGGGAAGCGAUCAGGAUGGUGCGUUCUUCUGUUGUGUCUUCAAAUCCUGCUGAGGGCUGUUUUGUUUUUUGUGUUCUGUUGUUUUUGUUUUUGUUUUUUUAAUAAAUGACUCCUUUCUAGCCUUUGUCACCUCAUCUUCACUUUUGGUUGUUGGUACCACACAGAGCUCCCGUCACCUCCUACCUGCUGUGCCUGUUCCAGAAGACUGAUGGGAAGACCCUGUCUCCAGACAAGGUCACCCGUGGCUCUGGUUCAGUCCUAGAGAUGUCAAAGAAUUGAAGCUUCCGUUGCCCACAGACUCAUAACAGCCUCUGGAUUUGGUGAAUACCAAAGGUACACUCAUGUGCUCGCUGCUCAUCAGCUGUAUCCUUCCUCAGCCCUCGAGGAUGCUAAUUAAACAAGGCAGGGGGUGGGGGAACUCUUCCAAAGUGACUAAGUGCUUGUAAUGGUUAGAGGUAGUAUCCUGGCAGUGAUUAUCUUUAUUUAACUAUCUUUUCAUGAAAAACCUAAAAUCCGGACAAUAUAAUUUUUUGUCAUCCUUGCUCCUGUGCAGGUUUAGGGGGAAAAGUACCCACACGGGUCUCCUGAAAGUAAUUUGGAUUCCAGCUGCUAGUCCUCAAAGCCCUUAAAACUUUGGCACAGGAACCGCAAAUAUUCCCUUUGUUUUAAAUCAACCACAAAAGACACAUUAGAAUUUCCCCUGGUUCUGGAAAUAACAGGACUCUUGGGGGGCAGGGAGCAGCUACAGUUAUAGCACAUUAUUUCAGUUUCUCCUUACAAUCUUCUCCCCUCCCCUGCCUCAUACAGACUUCUGUCUUCCUCUUAUUUUUUCCGUUUUCUUCAGAUGCUCUGAUUUCUGGUGUUUUCUAAGAAGUCUUGUUUGCAUUAGGCAAGGCAUGUUGACAAGGUUCUAGCACAGUCCCCCUUUCUUCCUCUGGUCUGGGUCUGAGGUUCUUCCACCUCCAGAGAGACUGCACUUUGAAACUCUCAUAGUAACUGUCUUCUAAUUUGAGCUAAUGAAGAUAAGACAGCAAAGUUUACCCAAAGUCUUGUAUGUUCCAUCACUGCUAUUACAGCUUCUGUUUUUCUGAAUAAGACAACUACACAGCGCCUUGUGUGGGGAUGGUGCAAAUCGGCACUGGGGGCCUUGGGGGGGUGCCUUUGUAGCAUGCCAGCACAGGCCUUGGUUAAACAGGUAAGUUAUGUUACCUACAAGAAAAAAGGCUAGUUCUCUGUGAGGCUGGAGCGAAGCGAGUUCUGUUUUGUCAACAAAGUGUUAAAAAUAGAUUCUGCCGUGUCUGCAGAGCAGCUCUCACGUUACCGCUAACCAGAUCCAGCGUUGUAUGUAGACAUUUGUGUUUGGUGAAGGCCAACAUUUACGUCAGAGCCUCGGAAUGUAAUCGUUUUGUAUAUACAUGAAGCGCACUCCUCAGGAAUCUCGACUGCGGUUCUUUUCCAUGGAAGCAAGGCAGGCCAGGCCACACAGGCUCCGAAGGAAAGCAACGCAUCCUACUUCUGGUGUUCCAGCACACGCUGGCCUGCACGGCCUCCUCCCUUCGCUCCGUCACAUCACCUUGGCAGUUUCCAGCCGUGAAAUCACUUCAAGAACAGUGGCUCUUAACACAGGUGUCAGCCUUGCCAUGGAGUCUGUAUGAAGUCGUGCAGAUGUGGCCACAGAACCCGGGCUCUUCUCUCUUCCGGGAGGGAUAAGCCAGGUAAGACCUUUUUUACCCAGGAGUUAUUUCUAUUCUGGUGCAAUUUACAGACUGCUCCCUGUUUCCGAGACUGAAUGAACUCUUCACUUCUGCAGGUUCGGAGUCUAACUUCUCAUGUGAAUGGAGCCUCUCCCAGAACAGUACUUUGUCCACUCCUCCUUUUCGGCCAUGUAAUCGGUUUCCUCCUUGGCCUUUCCUUUGGAACUCAAACCCUUUCCCAUCCAUAGGUGGUAAUUUAGUCAUGUUUCAACUUAAGCCGUAUCAGGCACUGGCUGAUACCGGGGAACAAAACCCAACAGCCGAUGCCCUACUCUAGUGGUCUGCUGCAGGGGCUGCUUAACCAUGGAACGUUGUCUCCGCACAUGAGGUUACCCAGCAGCACAGCGCUGAGUUUCAGAGUGCGUCAACCUAAAAUUGUCAGGAGGCAGUAAUAAGCAGAGGUGUUUAUUUGGGAUCAAGGAAUUGCAAUUCGGGGUACACCGAUUUGGGUAGCAUCCCAAGUAGUGUCCCACUAGGGGGCAAAAACCAGAGGAUUUUUUUGAGUGAAUAGAUAUUGUCUACGAAGAGUUCUCAUUGGUGUUGGCGGCAGACAACUAAUCUUGGCAGAACACAAUGGGGUUGUUAAGGCUGUCCCCUGGAAGGCAAAAGCUUGUCACCGUAGCAAGUUGCAGGUCCCAGCAGAGUCCUUGGGAGUAUCUGCAGUUUAGCCCAGUUCACGUCCCCACCUGGUGAGGAUGUGCCUGAGGCCCACCUCCUUAAUGGCCUCCCGGCUCCAUUUUAUUUCACCUUUGACAAGUACAUUCUAGAGCUUUCAGUCCAGGACUCUGGGCUUUCCCAUAAAUAGCAAAGACAUAGUUGGGAAUGCUUGUUCACGGGACUGGAUGCGCCCAGCUAACAAAGUUGAAAGCAGAGUUAUAACCAUGGUGCAGAAGCAGCCAUGUUCCUGACUAAAUGUAUAAACGACAGCCGAAGGAAGCACCGAGCACACUCUGUCUCUGAAGCAUUGUUUGGAAGUCUCACUACCAACAGCCAGCAGUUCGUUUGUGGCAAUUCUAGCUUUCUGCAGUGCUUUCUAGUGGCGAGCACUUUGGUGUGCUAUAGAGCUCUUGGAUACUUGAAUUAUUAAAAAUUCAUGUGGUGGACUCAGGCUUAUGGCUCCUCUCAUUUGGAUGCUGCAUAGUCAAUUGUUUAAGUUCCAAGAAGUCUAUCCCCUGUUAAGUAGAACUGUGUAACUUUCCGCUGGUUCGCAGGUGAACAGUGGUCCUGAAAUAGAGGAGUCCGUGAGCUUGCUCCAGCCCCCACUGAGUCCUGGGAUCCUCACUAGAUCCACAAGACUGAGGAACGGGAACCAAGUUAGGGAGAGGAAACAAGGCUUGAGACUGGGAGUCGGGAAGUAUGCCAACCAGUGGGCUUUUGCCUCAUGAGGAAUGAAAGAAAGGAAGGGGUGUCCAGAGAACAAAGAGAUGGAGAGAGGGCAGCAGGGUGGCCACAUGCCAGCAUCCCAGCCUCUGGGUUCUGAGUGCCAGUUCCUCUGCCUUGCCGAACAGACUGGCUCCAAGCAAGUUACCUAUCCGCCUUCUUUUAAAAUAUUUUAACGUUUAUUCGCUUUUUGAGAGAGUGCGAGCAGGGCAGGGGCAGAGAGAGGAGACAUAGAAACUGAAGCAGGCUCCGGGCUCCGAGCUGUCAGCACAGAGCCCGAUACGGGGCUCGAACUCACGAACCGCGAGAUCAUGCCCUGAGCCGAAGUUGGGCGCUUAGCCAGCUGAGCCGCCCAGGUGCCUCUGCCUAUCCACCUGCUAAUGAGACCGUUCACACAGCUCACCUGGACUUUGAGAUGCAGGUAGCACGUGUACCUAACUUACGGCCUUUGUAGUUGAACCUUUUCCCCUAGAGACAGUGGAUUUCCUCAUACUUCAGUUGGUGGGUAUGCAGUAGCACAUCCUGGGCUGCUGUGCCCACUUACGCAGGCUUCCUGGGGAGGGUAGACGGCUAAUUUCAAGAGAGAGGUUAAGGACCUGCUAGUACAGGAAGGAGCACCACUGGCCUCCAAGAUGACAAAGCACUGUAUGGAUGACAGCGGUGGAGACAGUUGGCAGCUCGGGCCAUGAGCCUCAGCCCUACCCAGAAGCUCGGGGAAUGGAGAGACACCCUCCCCCAUUCUCCACUGCCCUGGCCCUUUCAACAGCCACAGGUGCAAUCAGGGCCUGUGCCACUGGAUGUCACCUAAUGUGUCCCCCUGCUGCCAUCCGGUCUGGCCUUCACCGUGGUCUUCACGGAGCUGUCCUGCCAGCAGGUCCCCUGCUGUGCCGUCCCGGUGCAAGGUGGCUGGGACUAAGAGUUGGGAAGAACCCUCUGCCAUACUGGAUGGAGAGGAUGGGGACCGGAAGGAGACCCCUCAGCUUUUGACCUGAACAGCUAUUUGCCGGAACUGAGAGAAAGGAAAGAUAAAGGAGAAGAGUUCUGGUUUAGCCAGUAGAGCAGCUGAAGAUAAAGAACUGGGAUGUCUUAAAGAUAGAAACAUACAUUCCCCGAGGCUUUAAAUACCAAGGUGAGGGCAAUAGUGAGAGGCAGGAGAGUGGCUCCCAUGACAUUCUGUGUGGUAAGGCAUCAGCAGCAGUUAGCCUCACAUAGCCACAUGUGGCCUGGGGUUGGUGACAAAGCCCCUCUGAACCUUGGGGAUAACAAUGCCUUAUUUAAAGGGGCACCUGGGUGGCUCAGUCGGUUGAGUGUCCAACCUUGGCUCAGGUCAUGAUCUCACAUUCCUGACUUUGAGCCCCACAUCAGGCUCUGUGCUGACAGUGCAGAGCCUGCUUCAGAUCCUCUAUGCCUUUCUCUCUCUGCCCCUUCCCCAAUCAUGUGCACUCUCUCACAAAUAAACAUUUAAAAAUCUAGCCUUUAAAAAAUAGAAUAUUAAAUGAAUACUAGGCACUACACUGGUCUAUUGAGUUUUCAUGUAUUCCACACAAUUUACCAGUCUUCAUGGAGUUAGAAUACAAUUAAGAUAACCCUAUUUAAACAGAUGUCACACUUUCAUUAUCUAAACAACCACAGCUGCUGUAAAUGCUUCCAGUUCAUCACUGAAGAAACUGGUUAUCUUUCCACUGUUGAGACGUGAAGAGAGAGCUGGCAUUUGAAUCCUAGUCCAGUCUUCCAAAACAGAAUGGAUUCUGCGUAGGUAAUAGGAUCUUUACCAUAAAACCAGGCCAGACCAGGGUCUUGACAUUUUCCUGUAAGCACCGAAGGACUUGAUACAAAGCAGGGAUGAUAGUGUAGCAGUUUCCCACAUGUGCAUAUCCUGGGAUGUCUGGGUGGGACCCAGCGGUAUGCCUCUCCCUGGCUAAGUUUAAGGAAUGGCCUCCCAGAACCUUUAGAGCCUUCCCUUAGCCAUUCAUUAUGAGGCAGCUUCGGCCUUAAUUUUUUGCAGCCCAGACUGAGCAGAACAGAAACGUGACGUGUCCCCACAUUAGUCUUUCCAGUAACACAGUUGGGAUAGAUUCUGCCUCAUGGGUCCUUAAACAUUUUGGCCGCCUAGGCCAAGGGUAUCAACCUGUAACCAGAUUCUGCAAACAACCACUGGUGACGUUUUCACUUUUUUGUAGUACAUUCCUUUUCCGUAAUAAACGCCACAUAUGCCCUCUUUUACACUGGUGCGCUCUAGAGUCCUGCUAUGUGUUUUGAGGGAAAAGUUAACCGCUGCACUGUGAAACCACCCCUUCAGUCAUUGUGGGCUUGUAGUAGCUCCCAACUCUGUAGGCUUUUCUUGAACACCUUGGGAACAAAAGACUCAGUGGGCCAAACUUCCAGUCUGUUUUAAAAUAAAGAGCAGCGUCAUUCUGAGCCACUUGGCUGCAGUCCACAAGAUAGAAGGGGAACAGGAGCCAGUGUAAGUAAAAAGUAAGAAUGCCUUUCUCUCUCUGCGCCUCUGCGCCAGCAAGCAUUUGGAAAAUGAUCCUCAGGGACAAGGUGGGGAAGUCAGGGCUGAGUAUCACUGAUACUCCUACGUCAUUGUUGUAGUGGAUUAAUAACUGGUUGAAUGGCUCUGUUCCACACGAGCAGAGGAAUGGCCUGGCAGUAACUGGGAGGAACGGCCUGGUCUUUGUCUUGAGCCUCGCCCAACGUUUCUCUUGCCAGUGUGGCUCAGGACACUACUGCCAGGCUAGCAAAGCGGAAGAGGACAGGAAGCAAGGAGAAAACGUAACCAUGAUCCAAACAGAGCUCAGAGGGCCAGGACAGGUCAUUAAACACCGGGAAGUUGGAUGGAGAGAGUCCUGGCAAGUGAUAGCCAGACCCCAGAGAUGAGGACCGCCUCGCCUGACAAGAGUCCUCUGAGGUGAGUGCCACUACCGCCACCAGUGUUACAGAGGAACUCGCCAAGCCCCCAAGAUCCGGCAAGUGACAGAAUUCGCUCUAAACGCUGGCCUGUGACCUUAACCACUGUACUUCCUGCCCAGCACAGAACUACAGAUAGUCCCCACCCUCAAAAUACAGCUAAGUCAUUAGACACUCUGUCAUGGCUCUCUGGCCUACUGGGUCCGAAACAUUUGAAGCCCAGCCACUGCCCAAAGCAAAUAAUGAUCAUUGCAACCACCUCUGCCUGGAUCUUCCCAAAUCCAGCGCAUGUUCCACCUCUGGGGGCCAAGAUGGUAAUCACCUCAUAUUUUUAAUAAAACCUCAUGAUACAGGGAAGACGGAUUUUAUUAUCCAUUUCACACACCAGAAAAAGGAGUUUCAAGGUCAGAUAAUCUGCCUCAGAUCUUCCUGCCUCCUUGCCCAGCUUAUCGGAAAGUAGUCCCACCCAGGUUUUGUAGAUAGGACUUGUGUGGCUUAAACAAAGGGGGUGGAGGGCCCGUAAACGGGGCACUGCGCAAACAGCGUCCUGUUGGAGGUCAGUGACCACCAACCCUGUUAGGCAGGGAAGAGCUGGAGUUGGGCUGCCCGGGGCCCUGUUCUGACCCAGCUGCUGUUCAGAGGCAUAAUGCGAGGCCUUCCUCCCAGUAAUGUUAUGGCAGUGUGGACUAACUGAAAGACUGUUCUUGUACAAAUCAGGAGUCCCUAGGAGGAGGGGCCAGGACCAAACAAAACCUCUCUUUGAGGCAUCUGAAGCAACCAGAUUUUAAUGUUAAAAUGAUGAAUCCCCCAUUGCUGUCAUUAAAACAAAACAACAAACCAUAAAAAUAAAUGAAAACAACUGUCAGCUGCUGUUAUGAUCUCCAGUAAUGGUGGGCUGUAAUUCAAGCCAAUCCUCCUGCUAAAAAUAACUUUAAAAUCUAGAAAGUGUCUUCUAUAAAGCAGUAAAGAAGAUUCUGCUUCUGCUAAGGGUAGAAGUAUUCAUUCAACUCUCCCACAAAUGACAACUAUAAAUUCUCAAGAAAAUGAAGAAAACCACCACUGUAAGGCAGUGAAGAGCAACCAAACUGGAGAGAAACUGAAAGGGAGUUAGUUGACGGUUGGAGGGAAAUGUCACGGAGUGAGUUCCCAUGUUUAUGGCUUUUUGCCUGAGGUCAGGUCCCAGGUGCCAGAGGACCUGUUAUUGCUUCAGUAAUCGAAGGAAAUGGUUUAGAAUGACCCUAGCACCUUAAAAAAUGAGGGAGUAAAUCCCAGAAAGAGAGGUCCAUGUUCUAUGUAUAUACCCUGCCUAAAUCUUUUGUCUCUAAAUACACACUUAGCAGACUCCAAGCAGCCAACUAGAAGAACUUAAAAGGAAUAGCUGCUGCACGGCACAGGGGAAUCAAAUUUUUAGUCUGAGGUCAGCCAACCUAACUGCCUGUUUUCAAAAUUAGUCUUCAGAACUUCUACAGUAUCUAGGAUAGAAUUCAAAAUUACUACACAUAAUGAAAAACAAGAAAAUGUGAUCCGUACCAAAGAGAAGAGGCACUAACGGAAAGUGCCUUUGAGAUGACCCAAAUGUUAGAAUUAACACUUAAAACUUUUAAAUCAACUAUUUCAAUGAUGCCAAAAAAUAUAAAGGAAAAUAUAAUGAAUGCACAAGGAGGAACUGUCAGCAGAGAAAAAGUAAUGAACCAAAUAAAAAUUAUAAAACUGAAAAAUACAAGACCUGAAAGUAAAUUCAGUAGGUGGGAUUAACAACACAUUGACAGUGACCUGUUAAAGGAUCAUUCAGCUUGAAAAAGAGCGGGGUUGGUAAAACUUUUCUGGGAUGAAUCAUGGUAAAUACUUUUGGCUUUGAGGGUCAAAAGUCUCCAUUACAACUACUCAUCUCUGCCAUUGUAGUGUGAAAGCAACUAUGGUAAAUGAAUAGGGAUAAACAGAUUUGGCCUGGAGUGAUCCAGUUUUUCAACCCUGAAAUAGAACAAUAGACAUCCAAUCUGAAGAACGGUGGGGGGGGG